AUGAUCCAACUAUUGAACAAACCUUUAACAAGACAAUUGAAUUUGACGAUAAACAAAUUUAUUUAUCUGUUUAUGAUACGGCUGGUUCAAACACUACAUGAACUUUAUAUUAAAGAAGGGGAUGGGUUUGUUUUAGUUUAUGCUGUGGAUGACAAUGAUUCUUUUAAUGGUAUUAAGGGUAUUUAUAAUGAUAUUGUCAAUAUUACUACUUCUAUGAAUGGUGGUGAUGUGCCAUUAACGUUACCACCAAUACUUGUUGCUGGUAAUAAGUGCGACCUUGAUGACAAAGUUGUAAAAAAUGAAGAGGUUCAAGAAUUUUGUAAUACUCAUGGUUGUGAUUUUCUAGAAACGUCAGCUAAACGUAAUGAAAAUAUUAACGAAAUCUUUUCAUUAUUAGCAAGACGGUUAGUUGAACAACAAGGAAAUCUACAAAAGAAAAAUAAUUGUGUAAUCUUAUGA